UGGGGGGGGAGAUGCCAGGAGGAGCACGACUUCCGGUGCGAGGCGCAGUCGUCGCGCCUGUCCGGCCCAAUGGCGGCCCCGCUGCUUCACACGCGGUUGCUCGGAGAUGCGGCCGCUUCGGCCUCUGCAGGCAAGACGCUGGGCGCGACGAGGACUGGGCUUUCAGAUAUGCUCACUUUGGAGAAUGAUUUCUUCAAUUCUCCCCCAAGAAAAACUGUUCGGUUUGGUGGAACUGUGACAGAAGUCUUGCUGAAAUACAAAAAGGGUGAAACAAAUGACUUUGAGUUGUUGAAGAACCAGCUGUCAGAUCCAGAUAUAAAGGAUGACCAGAUCAUUAACUGGCUGUUAGAAUUCCGUUCUUCCAUCAUGUACUUGACUAAAGAGUUUGAGCAGCUUAUCAGUAUUUUAUUGAGAUUGCAGUGGUUGAAUAGAAGUCAGACAGUGGUGGAGGAGUAUUUGGCUUUUCUUGGUAAUCUUGUAUCAGCACAGACUGUCUUCCUUAGACCAUGUCUCAGCAUGAUUGUUUCUCAUUUUAUACCUCCCCGAGUGGUCAUUAAGGAAGGUGACGUCGAUGUUUCAGAUUCUGAUGAUGAAGACGAUAAUCUUCCUGCCAAUUUUGACACAUGUCACAGAGCCUUGCAGAUAAUAGCAAGAUAUGUCCCCUCGACACCGUGGUUUCUUAUGCCAAUAUUGGUGGAAAAAUUUCCAUUUGUUCGAAAAUCAGAGAGAACAUUGGAAUGUUAUGUUCAUAAUUUACUAAGGAUUAGUGUAUAUUUUCCAACCUUGAGGCAUGAAAUUCUGGAGCUUGUGAUCGAGAAGCUACUCAAGUUGGAUGUGAAUGCAUCCCGGCAGGAUAUUGAGGAUGCUGAAGAAGCAGCCAUUCAGACUGGUAGCGGGCCAGACGCCACCGAAGGACUCUUCAAUAUGGAUGAGGAUGAAGACACUGACGCGAAGGCUGACCCGCAAAGACUCGAUCACAUGGUCCAUCCUGUAGCCGAGCGCCUGGACAUCCUGCUGUCUUUGCUGCUGUCCUACAUCAAGGAUGUCUGCUACGUAGAUGGCAAGGUAGAUAACAACAAAACAAAGGAUUUAUAUCGAGAUCUCAUAACCAUCUUCGACAAACUCCUGUUGCCCACCCACGCCUCCUGCCAUGUACAGUUUUUCAUGUUUUACCUCUGCAGUUUUAAAUUGGGAUUCGCAGAAGCAUUUUUGGAACAUCUCUGGAAAAAAUUGCAGGAUCCAAAUAAUCCUGCCAUCAUCAGGCAAGCUGCUGGAAAUUAUAUUGGAAGCUUUUUGGCAAGAGCUAAAUUUAUUCCUCUUAUUACUGUAAAGUCAUGCCUCGAUCUUUUGGUUAACUGGCUGCACAUAUACCUUAAUAAGCAGGAUUCAGGAACAAAGGCAUUUUGUGACGUUGCUCUCCACGGACCAUUUUAUUCAGCCUGUCAAGCUGUGUUCUACACUUUCGUUUUUAGACACGAGCAGCUUUUAAGUGGAAAUCUGAAAGAAGGUUUGAGAUACCUUCAAAGUCUAAAUUUUGAACGUAUAGUGAUGAGCCAGCUAAAUCCCCUGAAGAUUUGUCUGCCUUCAGUAGUUAACUUUUUUGCUGCAAUCACAAGCAAAUACCAGCUGGUCUUCUGCUACACCAUCAUCGAGAGGAAUAAUCGCCAGAUGCUGCCGGUCAUUAGAAACACGGCUGGCGGGGACUCGGUGCAAACCUGCACAAACCCACUUGACACCUUCUUCCCCUUCGAUCCUUGUGUGCUUAAGAGGUCAAAGAAAUUCGUCGAUCCUGUUUAUCAGAUAUGGGAAGACAUGAGUGCAGAAGAGCUUCAGGAGUUCAAGAAGCCCAUUAAAAAGGAGGUGGUGGAAGAUGAGGAUGAUGAUUUUUUGAAAGGUGAAGUUGGGAUCACUCCGAGCUCCUUUGACACGCAUUUCCGAAGUCCCUCGAGUAGUGUGGGCUCCCCUCCUGUGUUGUAUCUGCCAGACCAGUCCCCUCUGAUUGCAAGGAUUUGUGAUUGAGACGAGCAUUCCUCCUCAUCGUGCCCUUCAGUACCAGGGCUCACCCUGUUUCGACUAGAGCGAGGACAUGCCUCAGGCAUCUUACUUUCAAGGUAGACCUACUCUAGUGUCUGGACGGACGUGGUUUUUUUCUUUUUUGCUCCCCUCCAGACAAAAGGAAAAGACUGGAUAUCAUGUGCAAUAUUUUAGAAUGGAGUUGAUGAUAAAUGUUGAAGGCUUGGUUCUUUGUUUAAUGUAUAUUUUAUUUCUCUUACAGCUUUCUGACAUCAUUGUGAAAUUUCUAAUAUUGGCAACAGCCUGUUUUAACCGAUUGCAUUUUUCACACAGGUUUUGUCUGAGCCGUAGUCACAGGACUGUGUUGAUCUGAUUU